AUGACCUUCACGGUUCUCACAGACCACCAGGUCGGGGAAAUCUUGGAAAACCUGACGGUUGACGAACUAGACGAGUUCCGUCAUGUGUUGGCAUCCGCCCUGCACGAGUUCUCCAACUCUACAGACGCCGGGGACGGUGAUGUAUACCAGCAGCCCCAUCGUAUAACGACCUUUCACUCAGCAUCGAGUGCCACGACCCUCUACAUGCCGUCGUGCGGACCCGAGGGCAUGGGCUGUAAAGUUGUCUCGCUCACCUCGUCCGUCGCCGCGCAAGAUGCCAACGUGAAACCCAUCAGCCCAACCGGAGUGGUAAACCUGUUCCGUCCGGAUGGAAGCCCCCUGGGUCUCGUCCACGCAAGCACCUUGACGGCCUUCCGCACGGCCCUCGCGUCGGCCUGCCUCCUCCAUCGUCGGAAUCACGUCAAGACGCUCACAGUCUUUGGCAGCGGCAGCCAAGCGUAUUGGCACGUGCGGUUGGCGCUCUUGAUGCGAGGCAGCACCAUCAGGCACGUUCACAUCAUCAAUCGCCGCUUCUCUGAUCGAGCCGGCUCGAUAUUGAAAAAGUUUACCAUUGUGCCUGCUUCCGUCAAGGAGCGCGAGGGAUGGCCCCACGCCAAAUUCAGCAUCCUGACUCCCACUUUUUACGACUUUGACAGGCUGCAGAAGGAACAGAUUCGCAGCGCAGACGUCAUCUACUGCUGCACGCCGUCUCGCCAGGAACUGUUCGAUGCCUCCAUUCUCACCUCGCACGAGGGCAGGAAGAAGGGCCGCUUGAUCGUGGCUGUUGGGAGCUACACACCCGAAAUGAGGGAGCUGCCCGAGGGCUUGUUGCAGCUCGUGACCAAGCCUCACGAUAGGCUUCAUCGUCAUUUCCACAAACAUGCGGAUGAGGGGGGCGUUAUCAUCGUGGACACCCUUGACGGAGCCAUGAAGGAAGCCGGCGAGAUUAUCUCUGCCAAGAUAUCGCCCCAUCAGAUGGUUGAGCUUGGUGAGCUCGUCAUGCUGCACCGUUUGGCUGUCGAAGAGUCCGAGUCGGAAACCGCGGGCUCUCAAACGCCCCUGUCGUCCGACUACGAGCCCACCAUUGACUUGGACGACAAGACGCCGUCCAUGUCGAGCGUUUGGAAUAAUUCGUCUUCUCGUCCGGCAAGCCCGUCCGGCUCUACAUCAUCCCAGCACAACCAUAGCCGCGUACCAAGCAUCCCCCUGCCUUUUCGAACCCGAUCCGGCGCAUCGUCCGAAAGCGAGGGCAAGAAGGAAGACGGUCUCGCUCGAUGGUUGAGAGACGGGACUGUAGUAUACAAGAGCGUUGGCCUGGGACUUAUGGACUUGGUGGUCGGUAUGCAUCUGGUCAAGCUUGCCAACGAGAAGAACGUGGGCACGCAGAUUGAGGGAUUUUAG